AUGGAAGACGCUGAGCCCAAAGUAGUCUACAUGGAAGACAAUCCGGCAGGGCACAAACAGCCAAUGGACAUAAAAAACAUUUACAAUAUGAAAAAGGAAGAUGUAAUUGUGCAGGAAUACAUCAACAAAAAUAGCAACUCCACGAUUAACAUGUAUCAUAAGGACCAAGUAAAUAUUUACAUUGAGAACAGUGACUUGAAUAAAAAAACUUACAACUGUUAUACAUGCAAUAUACAGAUAUAUAACUACUCGUUCUUUCGGUACCACUUUAAGUCCGAGUGGCACAAAUAUAAUUUGAAGAGGAAGCUUCUGAAUUUGACUGCAGUCAACGAAGUGACCUUUAAUGAGAAGGUGCACAGCUUGACCAAAGGGGGGAUUAGCGCCAACGGUACCGGAAACGACCCCGUUAGUGGAGACCCCGCUAGCAGCAACCACUGCGCGCACAAGAAGCACAGCAACGGGAAGAAAAAAAAGGAGAAAAAAAACCAAGCAGAACUGUGCAGCGGCAAAAAGGCCAAUAAUAACGGAAGCAGUUACACGAGCAACAAUUGCGAAACGCAAAAAAUUAAAUACGCAACGAAGGAAGAUGUUUUAAUGAACAAACAUGUAAAAUAUGACAACCCCUUGGUAUGCUUCUUUGACAACAGAAUUUUUAAUUCAAUAGAAGAAAAUAUAAAACACAUGAAUGAUAAUUAUACUUUUUAUAUCCCUGAUAUAAAGUACGUUACCAAUUUGAAAAAAAUUCUUCUAACCAUAGGGAAGAAAAUUUACGAAGAGAACAUUUGCAUCUACUGCUUUCGCCAUUCCAAGUGUGUCAAAUCGUUACAGUCGCAUAUGAUCUGCAAGAGUCACACCAAACUACAUGCAGAUUUUUUUAUUUUUAUUCAAAAAUAUUACGAUUUCUCAAAGUCGUACGUUGAUCUGUUAAAUAGAUACAUUACUAAUAAGGAGGACAAAGAGUUGCUUCUGUGUAUGCUCCACAAGAAGAGAAACAACCAAAUAGACUCCAAGAGUCACCGCAGCGCGGAGAAAGAUGGGGAAGAGGAGGCCAAGCAGAAACAGCGGGAAGACCGUUCAAAUGUACGUCCAUCCAACGCGGAGGAAGCCCAAGCCCAACUCGAUAAUGAAUACAAAAACGAAAGCGAUAACAGUAGCGAGGACUACAAAGUGAAGGAGGAAGAACUGAGCAAAAAUAUAAACUAUGACACCAUAUAUGAAGUCCUGGAAGAGUUCGGAUACACAAAACCUGAGCUAAAUGAGUACAACAAUUUAGUUCUUCCGGAUGGGUCAGAAGCUAUCAACAGAAAAAUUGCUUACAUUUUUAAGCAGAAAUUGCCACUUCAAAAUAGAACCACGUCCAAAUGUGAAAAGCUUGAUGUUUUGAAAAAAAAAGAAAGCAACCAGGACUACAGCAGAUACAAGUCCUAUAUUGACGUCAUGAAAAAAUACAACUUGGAUUUGAAUGUGAAGACGAACGGUUUGAACAAAUUUUACAAGAGUGACUCCAUCUUCUUUUUAUGA